AGGCUGUGACCGGAUAUCCGGUGUGUUAUCAGCUGACGCUCCGCCGGCCGACAUGGCGGAGUUCAGCCAGACGGGCCUCCUGACGGCGCUGCUGCUCUUCACCGCGCUCACCGUGCGGGACAUCUACCUCGGCCGGGCCGGGGCCGGGGCCCCUGGAGCCGGGGCCGGAGCCCCCGGGGCCCCCGGAGCCCCCCGGGCCUCCGGGGCUCCUGGAGCCGACAGGCCGCUGGAGGCCGAGCCGCAGAGGCCGGCCAGCCGCUCCCCGCACGCCGGGCCGGUGCUCAGGUUCCAGUACUGUAUCUCCUGAGGGUACAGUAAGCUGUUCCAGGAGUACGCUCGCUCCAUCAGCCAGCUGUACCCGGACCUCCGCAUCGAGGGAGAGAACUACCCCCCCUCCCCCCUCAGCAGGUACUUGGGGAACUUCUUCUCCUACUUGAAGCUGCUGGCCGUCAUGCUGAUCGUCAGCGGGCAGAACCCGUUCCCCCUGCUGGGCGUGGCCACGCCGCACGCCUGGACCUGGAGCCAGGAGAACAAGAUCUUCUCGUGCCUGAUGGCGUUCUUCCUCAGUAACAUGCUGGAGACUCACUUCCUGUCCACGGGGGCGUUCGAGGUCACGCUGAACGACGUCCCGCUCUGGUCCAAGCUGCAGUCGGGCUACGUCCCAAACAUCCAGGAGCUCUUCCACAUCCUGGACACACAGCUGAAGAUCAGCCAGGAGCCCUGACAGGUGUCCGGCUCAGGUGGAGCGCGUGCCACUGGCGUUCAUGAAGGCCCGGUCUGAAAGCAGCCGUCUGCGUGACCCGGCCGGACGACCCCCGCCACGAAGUGAGCGCUCCCUCUGCCCCGGGCCGCACCUCCUGCUACACUACCCACAAUCCACCUGGCGGUGUCCAUGAUGGUGCCAGUGACACUGCCCUGGAUGCUGAUUGGCCGUCUGACACCCUCCCGCCACCUUGAUUUUUUUUCCAUUGGAUUCUAUUGGUUUAGGUUAUUAUUAUUAUUGGUUUUUACUUUGAUCAGUUUCUGGUUUCUGUCGGUUGAGUCCGGCUUCUAGUCUGCAGCAGAGUGAUGAUGUCAUCCUGCAGCAGAGUGAUGAUGUCAUCCUGCAGCAGAGUGAUGAUGUCAUCCUGCAGCAGAGUGAUGAUGUCAUCCUGCUCCUGAACUUUUUGCUUAGUAUUUGCGAUGUGUGAUCGAACGUCAAAUUCCAGAAAUGUAUUUUUAAGAAAAUGAAGAUUUGUUGUCUGUUGUGUUUGUUGUGAAACUGUCGUCCUGUUGACACAAAGGGCAGAGCCAACAUGGCUGCCACUCAGUGUCAUGUGACUCAGACUCAGAUGGGAAACUGAUUCAUGUUUAUUCUUUACAGAAGUUCAGGAAAUAAAACUAUAAGUCAAACACUU